UGCAGUCAGUGCUGCAGCUGCUGCUACACCAGGCUAAAUCCCAUCCAGCCGUCCGUUUAUUCCCUCCAGCUCCAGCUCUCCUCAUCAACACUCACAACUUCUGAGCGGCUGUGCGCGCUCCCGUCGCCCAGCGCAGCCGUGGAUGCGCGCCCCCGCGCCGGAGACGGACCGAGCGCGAGACACAGGAGGAGGACACGGGAGUUCUUACUGGAGCUGCACUAUAGGGGGCUCGGAAGUUAGCCGGGAGGGGGGCUCGGGCUCGGACAAUGUCCGGCAGCCCGCUUUGAAUAAACAACAUUAACAUCAACAGCAAGCAAGUGGAGGACAGCUGCUAAUCUGAUGCACCGGACAGAGCGCGUGCACUGCAUAGGAUGAAGAUGGGGAUCAUCAGCUGCAGCCUCAUCCUCCUCUUCCUCGCCCUCCAUCACAGCUCGGCACGGCCGUGUUUAGAUCCGCUGAUCUCUCCACUCUACGCCUCAUCUUUCCUGGCCUCCUCCAGAUAUAAUUUUCUUUACUCUGCUCACUUUGCCAAAAUCUAUGGCAGCAGUGGCUGGUCUCCUUCGCCACAGGACAGGCAGCCGUGGAUGCAGAUUGACCUGGGCAAGAAGUAUCGUAUUAUGGCCAUCGCCACUCAGGGGACCUUCAACUCUUACGAUUGGGUCACCAAGUACACACUUCUGUACGGAGACCGCCCUGACGCAUGGACUCCUUACGUUAUGAAGGGUGGCAACAUGACAUUGCCUGGAAACUGGAACUACUACCAGGUGAAGAGAAAUGUGUUCCACUACGCUUUUACUGCCAAACACCUGCGCUUCCUUCCCAUGGGCUGGAACACGGAAAACGGCGGCAAGAUCGGCGUCCGGCUGGAGGUGUACGGCUGUCCCUAUGACUCGUACGUCAUGCAGUUAGAAGGGGAUGACAUGGUGGCUUACUCCUUUCCUGGAGGGCGGAUGCGGACCCUGCAGGACCACUACGCUCUGAACUUUAAGACGCUGGAGAAAGACGGGGUAAUGCUGUACAGUGAAGGAUUGCAGGGGGACUCCAUCAUGCUGGAGCUGAAAACUGGCAGACUUUACCUGCACAUCAGCCUAGGCAGCAGCACGGUUCAUAACACAAACGGUAUGACCACGCUGAGGGUGGGCAACCUGCUGGACACUCAGCACUGGCACUAUGUCACCAUCAGACGCUACGGCCGAGAGGUGAACCUCACUCUGGAUAGCCAGACAGAGACAGCCAUUCUAAACGGGGAUUUUAACUACCUGGAUCUGGACAAACAGAUUUAUGUGGGCGGGGUAAUAGAGAAAGACUUGCCCCACCUCCCUGGAAAGUUUAACUUCCGCGGCUGCAUGGAGAAUGUUUUUAUCAAUGGAAUCAACAUCAUUUACAAGACCAAGUACCAAGAUCCUGAUGUUCGACUUGCCCCUAAAAAGAAAAAGAUGCACUACACAUGCCGUGACCUUCUCUGGAGACCUUUGACCUUCGCAGGACCCAACAACUACCUGCAGGUGCCCGGGUUCUUCCGGAAGAGCCGGCUGGCGGUGAAGUUUAAGUUCCGCUCGUGGGAUUACACCGGCUUGCUGAUGUUCACGAGGUUUGCGGAUGAGCUGGGUUCUCUGGAGCUGGGCCUGAGCGAAGGUCAGGUCAAUGUGACGCUGACCCAGCCGGGCAACAAGAGACUCCGAUUCGCUGCAGGGUACCGUCUGAACGAUGGCUUCUGGCACACUGUGGACCUGGCCGCCAAAGACAACUUGCUGACCAUCACCAUCGACGAGGACGAGAGUUCACCGCUAAAGAUCACUAACCCGUUCAUGGUGCGCACCGGGGACCGCUACUUUUUUGGGGGCUGUCCGAAGACCAAUAACACGGCUCGCUGUGUGACCAAGCUGGCCCGCUUCCACGGCUGCAUGCAGCAGAUCUUUAUUGAUGACGAGCCGGUGGACAUCGACGUGAUGCUGCAGAGGAAAUGGGGCAGAUAUACUGAACUGCUGCUCGGGACUUGCGGCAUCACUGACAGGUGUUCCCCAAACCCGUGUGAACAUGAGGGCAGGUGUAUUCAGUCCUGGAAUGACUUUUUGUGUGUUUGUAACAACACAGGCUACAAAGGGGAAGUUUGUCACAACUCGGUUUACAGAGAGUCAUGUGAGGCUUACAGACUGAAUGGAAAGUACUGGUCGGGCAACUACACCAUAGACCCUGACCUGAGCGGCCCACUGAAGCCUUUCACUGUCUACUGCAAGAUGAAGCCGAGCAGGGCUUGGACGAUAAUUGAUCAUGAUCGUAUUGACAGCACCAAGGUAACUGGCUCCAGCGUGGACCAGCCUUAUAUAGGAGAUCUCAAGUAUGUGAACGCUUCGUGGGAUGAGGUCACUGCUUUAGCCAACACCUCGUUAUAUUGUGAACAGUGGAUUGAGUUCUCAUGCUAUAAGUCCCGCCUCUACAACACACCACAUGCAAAACCGUACACGUACUGGAUUGGGCGUGAUAAUGUGAGCUAUGCUUACUGGGGUGGAUCUUUCCCUGAGAGCGGCAAGUGUGGGUGUGCCAUCAAUCAAACCUGCACUGACUCCAAGUUCUGGUGCAACUGUGAUGCAGACUACCGUCAGUGGUACUCGGAUAAGGGCUAUCUGAUGUACCGGGACCACCUUCCUGUGAGGAGACUUGUGAUUGGUGACACAAACCGCACUGGCUCAGAAGCCCAUUUCAGUGUGGGACCACUGCGAUGCUUUGGAGACAGAAGUAUAUGGAACACCGUCGCCAUCACCAAGCCCACCUACAUGACCUUCCCCACCUUUAAACCUGGCACCAGCGCGGACAUCACCUUCCACUUCAGGACCUACCGCACCAGCGGCGUCUUCCUGGAGAACUCUGACGACCACCUGCGCAACUUCAUUAGGAUCGAGCUGAACUCCACUACUGAGGUGAUAUUUAUCUUCAUGGUGGGUGAUGGGAUUAGAAAUGUGACCCUGCGCACGCCGAAGGCUCUGAACGAUAACGAGUGGCACUACGUGGAGGCUGAACUCAAUGUUAAAAUGGCGCGUCUUAAAGUGGACUUCUUUCCCCCGGCCAUACACAAGUUCCCUGGCCAGACUUACAUCACCAUGCAGUUUACACAACCUCUCCUCGUAGGUGCUGCUAAUCACACACUGCGGCCGUAUCUGGGCUGUUUGCGAGGUCUGCGGAUGAAUGGAGUUCCUAUAGACCUGGAAGGUAAAGUGGAUGAGCGGAACGGGAUCAGGAGGAACUGUACAGGAGCAUGUUUAAAUGCUUCUAUACCCUGCAGAAACGGAGGCCAGUGCAUCGACGGCUAUGCGUCGUACUCCUGCGACUGCAAUAACACAGCCUUUGACGGCUACUACUGCCAGUUAGACAUUGGAGCAUUCUUUGAUGUUGGGGCGUGGCUGCGCUAUGAUAUCAGAAAAGAGCCCAUCUCAGACGAUGCAUGGUGGGCUAACUUCUGGAUAGAGCCCCACUGGCACAACUUCACACUCGGCUACAACACGACCACGGACGACAUCGAGUUCAGCUUCAGCACUCAGCAGACCCCGGCAGUUCUGCUCUACAUCAGCUCCUUCCAUAAAGACUACAUCGCUGUUCUACUGAAGAAAGAUGGCACUCUGUCGCUGAGGUACCGGCUGGGGCUUCUAACACACAAAUUUCAGCUGACCAAUCGGAACCUGGCGGACGGCUUCCCUCAUUUCGUCAACGUCACCAGACAUAACUACACUGUGUGGACACAGGUGGAUUACAUGGAGCCAUGGGUGGAGAGGUUAACCCCUGGGGAAAUUCCCAGAUUCGACUCACCUAAGUCCAUCUUUCUGGGCAGAGUUAUGGAGGUCGGAGACAUCGACUAUGACAUUCAAAGGCACAACAGUCCCGGUCUGGUGGGCUGUAUCUCGGGGGUCCGCUACAACAUCUUUGCCCCUCUGAAAGCUUACUUCCGUCCUAACGUCACCAACCCGCCGGUGACAACCCAGGGCUACGUGGUGGAGUCUAACUGUGGGGCGUUCCCACCCGUCCAAGGAUACGUCCCCUGGGAGGAUGACCCAUGGUUUACUGGGCUGUUCUUCUAUUAUAUUCAUGAUGAUGUGACUCCACCCUGGAUGACAUUGAUCGUCACAGUGUCGCUGAUGCUGCUCUUCCUCGUCCUGUAUGGGCUGUACAUUUACCUGUACAGGUAUAAGGGCAGUUACCACACAAACGAACCCAAAAACCUGGAGUCUCCCAGUUCAGCUCGGCCGCUGACCGAGACGCUGCGGAAGGAGAAGAAGCACCUUCCGGAAAUACAGGAGGAGGUGCCAAGCGAAUAACACAGAACGAAAUACGGGGGAUUUUGGGGGGGUGAGGGAGCAGGAGGACGAGCUGAAGCGAUAAACUGAAUGAAAUUUGUUUGCUUAUGACUGCAGAACAUCUCUAUUUGUCCUCAAUACACUGAAAAGCAGUGCACUGAAUCGACUUUACUUGAUUCAGAUGUGAGAUAAUGUUCACAUUUCAUAUCAGGUUCAUUCAGUGCAGCACUUUUUUCAGUGUAUCUUCUUUUCACUCUUAAAAAUAAAGGUGCUUCAAAUGUUUCUAGAAGAACCGCUUGGAGUUUCAUAAAGAAACAUGAGUGAAGUGUUCCAAGAACCUUGUGAAAGUCUGAAGAAACUUCAGUUGAUGUAACCCUGUUACAAAUAGGCUUCUUUAUGGAACCACAAGCGGUUCUUCUGUGGCUUCAAUUGUUCAAAGAACCUGGACACAGUGGGUUAACGACAGGGACUACAUGAAGUGCAAAUGUGCAAAAAUAUAAUUAUACAAAAGGAAACCCUAACAAUAUAACAAAUACAGCAAACAUUAAACAAGUAACAUAUAGUUAAAUGUCUAUAUGAGAUGUGCGAAUUCAGGGCGUUUCAGUUCAAUCCCUGAGUGAUGAGGAGUCUGAUAACCUGUGGGAAGAAACUGUUGCAGAGUCUGAGGCAGUGAUCACUCGUACGCACUUAGAACCAUCUGCCGAGCUUCUUUCGGACUGCUUUUUUCAAGCUCCUUCUUUAGAGUAAUCUGUAUGGUUCUCUGUGUUUGCUUUCCUGGUUUUUGUUUCUCCUAUAUAAGCCAUCUCUUUAACUGCCUUCCUGAAUUUAGACCCAUGCCUGUUUUUUUUUAAAACAGAAUUCAACCUCUUUGUUACAUCAUGUGAACGAUUUGAAGCACCUUUAUUUUUAACAGUAUAUUGUAUUUUUUUAAAUGUUAAACUUUGUUACAGUAUAUUUAUGUUUUCCGCCCCCUACAAGUGAUGCAUUGAAAAAGAAAUACAUAAUUUUGUUGAGAAUACAAUACAGUUAUAUCAGUACAGUUGUCUAUUUUUGCUACAAUUGUGUUGAUAUAUUGUGUUGAUCCUGUAAAUUCAAUGCAGCACUUUUUUCACUGUAUAUAUAUAGGGAUGAUUUGGGUGUAAUCUGACAUCUGGUGCUUUUUCCGGGCUGAGUUUUGAACAUUUGCUUGGGUUUUGACCCUCCGAGAAUCUGUGUCCCACACUGCAUAGCAAUGCUGGCCAGCUGAAGUGCCUCGGUAACCGUUGCGCAGGAAACGCAGACCAAGAAGCACUUUGGAAAGAAGCAACAGCGUAACGUGGCUCGGUAUGUGGCUCAGCUUUAUUUGUGUUCUGUUCAGCCUGAAACUUUUCAGAUUUUCUGAAAUAAAACAAGAGAAUCUGCACAAAAUGCACAAACAACAGUAUCGAUGUUAGAAAACAGCUGUUUUUGGAAGAAAAUGUACAUGUUUACACACGUUGUAUCUACAGUAUUUCUGGUCAAACCAAGACUAUGUAUAGUGCAGAGGCAUUAGCUAUUAGCUGAUAUAUGAGAAAUAUCACUUCGUAAAUAGCUAAUGGGAUGUAAGUAUAUAUUUGUUAUAUUACUGCCUUCAUACAGUAUAAGACUAUUGCUUGCAACUAGAGCAGGAGGACAAUAUUAUAGCUCUGAAUGAUCACAGCGUUUUUUAGAAAGUCCAUUAGCUUUAUUAAAUGUGUUAAAUAGCAGUUAUGAUCUUUAUAUUUGGAGAAGGAAAGGAAAUCGGUAAUAUAGCAUAAAUAUACGCCCCCAUGCUGACUGCAGAAUAACGACUAUUUUUAUGGUGAUACGGAGAAGAGCCAUACUGUGCUUGAUCACGUACUGAUUAACGCUUAUCGCCAUAACAUUCUUCUCAGCGUUUGUAGUUUUGAUGAAAGGGAUGCACGCAAAUCCUCAGCUUUACUGAUAUUGUGCUCUAUUGGAGCUACCGGAGUUUUACCAGGGGAGGUUCUGUAAUUUAUUGAGUGCAGUGUGUGUGGUUUUUUUACAGUCUGACAGUAAUGAUUGUGGGAUGAAUGGCCUUCUAUGGCUUCUUGGCUUAACUGAGAACUUGACUGCAGCUCCCUCAGAAACAGCUCCCUUAGAAUUCCUGUUUAAAUCCACUUCAUGCUAAUGAAAUAAGAGUAGAUACAAAUAGAUGAGGCCAUUAGAAGGGUUGUUAUUGUUCUUCUAUAAUGUGUUCUUUUGUUUUAAACUGGUUGGAACACCCAGACUUGGACCUUUUGUUUGUGAAUAAAUCUGCGCAGAUACUUAAAACCAAUGGAAAUGGAAAAGGAACAAGAAAAAGAAGGUAUACCAAGUUUUGCUGGACUGCCAUUGUCUGCAUAGAAUUGUAAUUUGGCAUUUAACCAAUAGGGCUAAUGUAACAGUAACACUAAACCUACAGCAGUGAAGCUGGGUGAGUGUAACACAGAGCUAGCGAUGCUAAUACCACAGUAUUAGUAUUGAUGCUGAGGGAGGCCAGUGGCCGGCACAGUAGCAGGAACAGUAGCAAUGCUAAUGCUGUGGUGGUGAUGCUAAUGCCACAGUAGCUAUGCUAACUGAGCUGUGGCAAUACUAACAGCAUAAUAGUAGGACAGCAGUAUGACAAGUGGUACUAGUGCUAACAUGACGAUGCUAAUGACACAGUUGAUAUCCUGGGCAAAACUGGCGUCCUGCUGCUAAUGCCUCAAUAGCAGUGCUGUGCGAGCGAGACCGGUAACUGGCACCAGGCAUGCUGCUAAUGUUGCUGAAAUAAUAAGAUUGAGAAUGCAAGUGGCAGAUAUGGAUUUCCUCUGAAUAUUGGCCUGGGUCUACCUUACACGUAUAGAGUGAGAUUUAAGGUUUUGUCGAAAGGAGCCAGUUGAGGUGGUUUUGGACACCAGGGCGCCUCCCUUGGGAGAUGUUCCUGGCACAUCCAGCUGGAAGAAGACCAUGGGAAAGACCAAGAACGCUUUGGGAUUCCCCAGUCAGUGUUGGACGAUGUAGCCAGGGAAAGAGAGGUUCGGGACUCCCUGCUAGAGCUGCUACCUCUAUGAACCAAUCUUGGAUUAGUGGUUGGCGAUUGAUGGAUGAAUGGAAGUCAUACUGUAUUUGUGACUCCCUCACUCACUAAUCAUAUUAUUCAUGCAGUUCUGAAUAUUUAUUCAGUUAUAUUUAUUCACAUGACUAUAGAAUGGCUAAAAUAAAGGACAUCAAAUUAAAAAUAUAACGAAAAUAUGAAGAAGCUGCUAAAUGCUAAAUAUUACAUUACAGAACCUCCUCUGUUUAAAUCUCCUCCAGCUUGAAUAGUGCCACUCUAUGGAAGUCUGUGGAGGACGAGUAAUGUACUACGAGUAAUGUGUGUUGUAUGUCAAUAUGCCUUGACUCAGGGUUGAAAACAGUUCAGUCGCUGCUGAGAUUAAUGACUAAUGAUCCUGAUUCCUUUCAUUUCCUCGACUCUAACAAACCAGACUCUCAUCCAUCUUCACUUUACAAGCAUUCUAUUUCUUAUCAGAAAGUCCUGAAACUUGGUGAAUGAAGUAAUUGAUUCGUUCACUUGCAGCAUAAUAAACAGACCAUAACCUCAGAGAGCGACAGGCGUGAUUGUCUUUGAGUGUGUUUGUGUGUUUGAAUCAAGGUUGAGAUUGAGUCUGAUAUGCAUACGUGGUUUUCCUUCUGGGUCUUUUCCUGCCCAGCAAUGGGGGAAAGUGUUAAUUGUACUUACGAGUCAGGACAAAGCAGACGACUGUGUUAGGUGAAUCGUAUCCUAAACCCUUCUAUUUACACACAUACACACACACACACACAUGCACACAGUAUUUGGUCCACCGCUUAGUAAAAGAUGGUUGUAGUCGUAGCCCAUCUUUCGCUACUGCCAAUGCUCUUUGAUUUUUUUCGCUGUUGGAUGAGGGUUUUUGCGUGUGCCAAGCAUGUCAGAAUGCAGAUGUGGUGGUUUGUUUCUAAAGUAAUCUUUAGCUUUGCUUCAUUGAUAUCAAGCCACUCAAACAAUUUGAUGUUUUUUAACAGGUGUUAAAUUGGUUUCUUUCUUCUUUCUUGGACACAGAAAUGUACAUGAUUUCAGAUCUAGGGUGGUGCGACUGUCUAACUGCCUUCUUGUUAAGAGGGAGUAGAACAUAAACAGUAAACACAUUUAGUAGUAAAUAGUUAAUCGUUUCAGUUGCAGCUUAUUUACUGAUGUUUUAGCGGUUCAGCUGAUUUAAAAAGAGAUUUUAAAAUGUAAGUUAGGAGAACUUACAUUUUCAAAUUUAAAAAAAUGUUUUGACUUAGCUAACUCGAAAAUCACUGUUAAAUUUUCAGUUGGCCUGACUUGACAUUUUUUACAGUGCUGUACAAUCUAUAAUUUAUACCCAUUUCUCAAAGGACCCUAGACUGUAAUUGUAGAACUAUGAAGUCAUAAAUGAUAAAUGUACAAUAAAUGUACUUUAUUUGGUUUCCUAAUCUUAAGAUGAGUUUACACUUUGAUUAGCUUGUGAACUGUUUUGAUAAAUGUUUUAAAUGCUAGCCUUAGAGUGAUUGGCCUGGCAUUUGUGGAUUUGUCUACCAAACAAAUACUUUAUUAAUCUGAGACUGAAGUUUUUCAAUAAGAUUAAUUUACCAUUGUGAAUCUUCUCACUAUACAUGUAUGUUUGUGGUAACAUUUCUGUGAUAUAUGCUUUUGAAUCUCCUGUGAAGUAUCAGAAGAAUCCAAUCAUAUGAGAGGGCAGACAGGGUGCUUUUCUGUUGAGUUGACCUGGAAAAUAAUCACUCAUAGUCUGAUGUAAAUAUAAUGGUGAGAUAUCAAUCAAAGCCAUCCAUUUUUAUUUUAUAUUAUGUUAUAUGCAUUUUUACUACAGAAAAGGUGCUUAGAGUGCUUUUUUGUUUGGUUCUUGUUGUGGCACAUGGAUGGAUGGGACAACCAUGGGCUAAGAAACACAAUGUGAAACUAUGUAAAUUGUCCAUUUAGUGCUUUUCUCUCGACAUUGGACUAGUUUUACGUUUGCUGUAGGAAAACCACUGGUGUUGCUGCUGCUACUGCUGCUUUUUAGCCGCUUCUAAUCAAUAACAAUCAUAACCAAAGUUUAGAACAUCAUCUCACUGCAACUAGGAGCAGUGCUUAAUAAACAAAGAAAAAAAAAGAAAGUAGGACACAUUCGCAGAGUUUCAAGCUAUGCAUUCUGCAUGACAACAGCACUUUCGUUAAAAUGCAAUAAUGAAGAAUAAAAAAAAUCUGCUGCUUCCAGUGCUAGUUCCAUCACCUCAGACGUCCUGUGUUGUGUGGUUUGCUUCAGAUGUUCUAGCAAAAAGUGUAUAUGGUCUUUUUUUAUCAACCUGAUUUGUAUAAAAGACGUUAAAAUCAGGCGAGAGGUACUAUUUUGACUAGUGUGUCCAUAGAAUGAGCUCUGAGCAGAUGGACAUUUUUAUUUUUGAGUUCCGUUCCUUUAAUCUCAAACUCGUGACAUGAACCAGCCGUCUUCCUUGACGUUAAACAUCUUUAAACGUCUCCCCUGUGUCCCUUCCUACCUCUCACAUUACUUUAUUUUGUUUAGUUAGCCUCCUCUCACUCAGGAUCAAAUGAUAGCUGUGACAAACUGUAAGGCUGCAGUAGUCCAAAACAAUAAACAGAUUUCUAUGGAGUCAGAAAGUGCUUGAAAGGGAAAGUCUGCUUUCUUUUCUUGGAUACGUUUCUAGACCUGGUUUCCCAGUUCUGGUUUAGAAAUCCAACUUGUAACUUAGUUAUUCAGGUAGUAAAUAAGGCGCACGCACAAUGAACGACUAUUUUCUGGUCUAUUUUCAUACAUAAGGUGCACCAGAUUAUAAGGUGCAUUUUAAGCAACAAUAGUAAGGAAGAAGGCUGUCGCACAGUAAUAUACACAGAUUUCUCUUCUGAAAACAGUUUUUUUUUCUUAAAAACUGUUUAUUUGGGUGAGUAAAGUGCUUCUGUUUAUUUACAGUAAGCUUAGAUUUCCAAUAUUUUCCACAGCAUGGUUAGCAGCAGCGCUAGCUGUGGUUAGCAGCGCUUAGCGCUAGUAAAUGCUGCCAGACAGCGCUACAUUGAGGAACCCUGAGUGUUCCGGUAAGCCAGGGCGCUAUCAGCUAGCGGUUCCUUCCACGUAGCUUGUUUUAACACGGUAAAAACGCAGAGUACAGUCCGAUAUACUCACCUCUGAAUGGUGAAAGAGCUAGCGCUGCAGUUAGCAGCUAAUGCUAAUACUGCAACAGCCUCAGUGCUGGUAAAACUAAACUGAAACUCCUGUAUAACGCUGCACUUCAGCAGUGUGGCUUUACUAUUCCUUACAACCUCAAAAUUCAUACAUAAGACGCACAAGAUUAUAAGGUGCAUUGUCUAUUUUUAGGAAAAUUAAGGGAUUUUAAGUGCACCUUAUAGUGUUUGCACUCAUUCAUACUGAAUACUAAUGUGCUGAGUGUUGUAACUUGUUACUUUCUUUCGAAAAAAAAAAAAGUACAUUGCAGUUGUCACAACAGUACAUAAUCUCUGUAUAUUAGUUUUAACAGCCUGUUUAGGGGAUAGACAAGGUGUCACGGUACAAUAACCCCAUAAAUGUAUUAAAUCAGUAUUUUUGGGGAAAUGUUGUCCGAAUACAUGAAAUUAGGCCUAAUAUCUGCUCAAGAAAAUAGCCAAUGGAUGGAAAAUUGUCCAUAAAUACAACUAUUGACUCCAUAGAAAUUUGGAAAAUGCCACUUUCAUAUUCAGUGGCAGUGUGCUAAUUGAUCUGCUUGUGCUCCACCCACAAAUGCAUUUUUUUUGCAACUAUAUAACUAUAGCUAGUUUGGUCCAGCUUUACACAAUGUUGAAAGCCCUGCAUUAUCUACAACAAUAAGGGCAAUUUGCAAUUUCUAGCAAUAAUCUGUCCAUGGUUGAGUUUCUGCAGUUAUCUGCUUAUUCAUGUGGCUGUGUAAACAGUGAGAUCAGAUUAAAGCAGAUAAAUAGAGAAGAGAGAAAGCUGUGAACAAAAGCGUUGAGAUCCAUAAAAAAAAAAGAUCAAUAUUUGCUGGUAAAAUGUGAAGAAGUUCACAAAAGGCAGCAAAAGGACAUUUAAAAGCUUCUGUUAGAUUAAUACCUGAUGUGAACUUGUGAGUUUUCCCACUUUCUGAUUGCUUAAGUGCAUUUAAAUGCAUUGAGUUACAAAAUCUGAUCAGCUGGUAAUUCACUUAAUUGUGGAAGAAGCUUGUGAGCAUUAGCAUAGUAUCUUAAGCUGAAAUCUCAUUGUGAUGAAGUAAAAGACAUUGUUCGUUAGAGUAAAUAAGAUUUAAUGAGAAGUAUUCAAAGUGUUUUGAAUUGUUGUCUUAUGUUGAAAUUAUAGAUUUUUUGGUAACUUUCUGAAAAGCUUCCAAAAUAAAUAAACUUCAUUUGUGGGUGCAGCAGAUCUCAAAAUCCUUAUCACUCGUAUCUUGUGUGCAAAGUAAAUUCCCAUGGUGGUUCUGAGGUGAUGGUUAGAGCACAGUUUGGCGAAUCUCAGCGUUCCUUCUUAAGGAAUUUGUGUUUUUUCAGAAGCUUGUUUGAGAAGCUUGUUUGAGCGUGUGCUGAGUAAAGUAACACCAUGUGUAGAGUAUGUUUAUGAAUGCUCAGUUUCUCUUUACUGGAAUGUAAUCUUCUAGAAUGUCGUAGGUCCAAAUCUUGGUACCUUAAGCUUCAGCUAAUCACGUUUUAUUACCUUCACUGUGCGCUUCGUAGUUAAGAUCUUUUUCUUUUUACACAUUUCUAUACACAUGAAUGCACUGCGAAAUGUUUUGAAAUGUCUGUAUGUAUCAAUGAUUAAAAUCACUGUCUUAACAAAACCUGAAAAACUUCUGAAAGGGACAUUUGGAUAAAUGUAAUCUUGCUGUUGCACAAAAACCUUGUAUCUCCAUUUGUUCUAUAAUGUGAAUCUUGCGGUUGUUUUCUUAAAGUUGUCUGGUUAUUUAAGUAUUCCUGUAAACAACAAAAUUUCAACAUCGAUUUCAUAGAAUCCAAAAAUCUGACUUAAGAAAUCUAAUAAAAAAGAGCUGGAUUUUAGUUUAGUAAUCAUAUUUCUCAGUGCAUGUUUACACUAAACCGGAGUUUUUUCAGAUUUCUCAGUAUGUGCAUGCAAGAAAACAGACCCUGGUGCCGCGAAAAAGCAAGCAGCUUUUUUUUCGCAACUCAAUGUGUUAAAAAAAUAAAUAAACUGUUGGCAUUUAUGUCACAUUUAAUUCACUGUGUUUUGGUUAGUUGCACAGCAAAAAUUUAAUUAUAGUAAACAUUGUAAAUUGUAAAGUUUUCCAACUAUCUGAUUACCCAAAAACAUGUUAAUAAAUUAAUCAGUACUGACAAAACUAACUAUUAACAAAUUUCAUGGUAAAUCAACCAAUAGAAAUGCUGAAAAAUAGUUUGAAAUUAAAUCUUUUUACACUAACUUCCACUGAAAGUUGAAAGAUUUUUUUUUGCUAUUUUUGGAAAUACACGGUUUUUGUGCAGUAUGUUAAUAAAAAAAUAAAAUCGUAAAAUGUUAUAAGGGCUUUUUACGACAGGGAUUAAUUGUCUACUGUAAAGUCAUGCAUGAAGACCUGGGAAGUGUUCGUGCAGGCCUUUUACAUGAUAAGCUCAGAAAAGAAAUCACUGAAGAAGUGACUAAAGAUUGUGUUUGUGUGUCCACUAAAAAAAAGUGUUAUAUCAUUCAAAUGUGUCAAUUGUAUGAGAAUACUAGGGGUUAAAUGAACAGUUACUGCCAAAAGAAAGGCUGUAACAGAGUUGUAAUAUGUAUUUCAUUGAUGCACAACUGAACUCAAUGAUUAAAACACUUUCUUUUUUAGUGAACACUUUUUAUUACUUGGCUAAUCAUGCUUUAUCACGUCAUUAAAUCUGUCAAAUCUGUGUGUGUGUAUAUAUCAUCACCAGUGUGGGUUGGGGUCAUCUAUGAUGACCCAAAGGGUCAAACCACAUGUGUGCAAGGGCCGAUUUUACCCAUGAAACUGCAAGAGCCGGAAUGUGUGUCUAAAGAUUGAAUACAUACACUGAAAGAAAUGUAUAAUGUAUUAUAUGAACCAUUUAUUCUCAGACAACAUAUGUAACAUCAACAUUGUAUUGAUGUAAUAUGAUCCAUUCCCAUAGAACUUAGAUUCAUAUUUAAUUCAAGUGCUUUCAUAUUUCAGGGUAAAUACACUUGCAGUUGAAUGGGUUUGUGCUCUUAAGUCAGACUAGUCUCCAUCCUCUCAUCUUUCACAGUCUAGUAAGAAGGUGCAGUUUCAGCUUUCUGAUGGCAGAUUUGCUUAACACAAAUGUAAUGUGGAAGUUUUCUCCUAUUUUUUUUUUAGUUUUCUAUUGGGUUUGUUUUGUGACACCUUCAUUGUAAGUACCAUGACUGUGUAGAGAGCAACACCAAAAUGACACUUCAAUAAAAGAAGCUUGAAGGAA